GUGAAUAUAUAUAUAUAAAACCGUAGUUUGCCUCCUUUCGUUCCCUUCAGCUAACCAGUAGCACAGAGCUUCUUCUUUUCUGUCCCCAGUUCUCCUCGUCCUCGCAAAAUGUCUCUGGUGGCCAAUGAAGAUUUUCAGCACAUUUUGCGUGUGCUGAACACCAACGUUGAUGGAAAGCAGAAGAUAAUGUUCGCAAUGACCUUCAUCAAGGGUAUUGGAAGGCGUUUCGCUAACAUCGUUUGCAAGAAAGCCGAUGUCGAUAUGAACAAGAGGGCUGGUGAAUUGACCGCACAGGAGCUGGACAAUCUCAUGACUAUUGUUGCGAACCCGAGACAGUUUAAAAUCCCUGACUGGUUUUUGAAUAGACAGAAGGAUUAUAAGGACGGAAAGUAUUCCCAAGUUGUAUCUAACGCUCUUGACAUGAAGUUGAGAGAUGAUUUGGAGCGCCUGAAGAAGAUCAGGAACCACCGUGGCCUGAGGCACUACUGGGGCCUUCGUGUCCGUGGUCAGCACACCAAGACUACUGGUCGCAGAGGCAAGACUGUUGGUGUGUCCAAGAAGCGUUAAAGGAUUCAUAUUUAUUUUGAAGAAAUAUAUAUCUCUCAGAGAAUGUGGGUUUUCUUGUUUCUAGACAAAUAGUAAUAGUGUAGCGGCGUUUCAAUUAAAUGUUUGUUUGAAUAAUCAGUGUCUUGCAUUUGUGUCACAUUUGGCCCUUAAACAUGGUUUGCAAUAUUUUCAGCUCCAUUGAUUUUCCAAUUAAACUCUAAAAAUGCAUCAAAUAAGCGUUGUAAAUUUUGGG